UUUUACUAAAUGACACUAUCUUAAAUUAAUUUAAAUACUAUUGUUUAUAAACAAAGGUAAAAUUACUUAUUUUAAGGUUUUUAUCAUCAAUAUUACUUUUAAUAACCCUCAUUUGCAAUGUUAAUAAUAUAAAGUAUAACAGGCACAAAUGUUUAUCCUUAAGGUCAACGAUAACUGGAUGGAUCGUCAGGUAUGUAAGAAUAAAUAAAACUUGUAAUGGAGUCACAAAGUUUAUAAACCAGUUAGCCAUAUACCUGGGAAAAACCAGAAUUGCAUGUGGUUUGAAGCCGAUGCACAAUUUUAACUUGUAGAGCACUUUGCAGUACGCAUUUGUGCGUGGCUCCUGUCACAGGAGUCUUGUGAGUUAUUGAAAGUUGCUUGUAAGUUUAUUGUGGUCAGAUAACACUAUUAAGAAGAUUCUCUAGAGACAUGACACAACGAAUUUUUAUUUUAAUUGCAAUUAGCCAAAUGGCUUUGGCCCUUUCUUGUUCGGAUCAAAAAUACGAAAAUCCAACAACAGAAAAAUGUGGAACCUACAUCAAGAAUUACAGUUUCGAUGAGGCUGAAGCUGCUCUUUUACAGGCCAAUGAGACUCAACUGAACCAAAUCAUUACCGAACUGAUAUCCGAAGACCAGUUUAACCCCUUACUGAGUUUUGCCGACUAUACCACAAAUUUAUCAACAAGUUUACAAAUUAUUAAAAAACUCUACAGUGACAACGAAGAACUGAAGAGUUCUAUUAAACAUACACAGAAUCUGAGAAGAAUUAUAAGAAGCUUAUCCAAAAUAUAUCAUCAAGAUGACGCCCCAUGGCGUGUGAAAGAAGAAGCAGACAAUUUGCUUAAGAUUUAUAAGCAGUCCAUCAUUAACGACGCCAAACAAACUGUAGAGCUGUACAUUAAAAGUAAAAAUUGCUAUUUAGACUUUAAAAACCAAAAUACUGCUACUUUGACUUAUGUAUUUGAUAAAGGCUUAUUUGCUGAAUUAAUACGUGAUGUUAUAAGUGAUUUGUACGGGUUGGUGUCCACCAAUAAACUUCUAGCUUAUGUGGACAGCUUCAGUAACUUGGAUCAAAAAAUUAUUGGGCUCCAAUACUUGUACAACAUUUUGACAAUGAAGGAGAGAAUGAGCUCGACAAUAGUUAUUUUUGUAGAGUUCAUUAAUAAAGUUAUAAAAGAUCCCCUUUAUUCUAAAGUGGACAAGUUGUUGCAAGACAAAAUUAAAGCCAUUGAUCUCAGCUUACCAAAAUCUCUCAAAUAUGCCAUUACAUCACCGAGGGUGUGCAUUGUUAGUGCCUUUUUCAAUGAGUCAUUUUAUGCCUAUUCUCUGAUCAAUAAAACUUACAAUGCACGUCCGGUGUUCACGUGGAUACCAACGAAGGUGGAGGGAUUGGCAAACUCCACUCAGAACUACUGGGUGAUAACUCAGGAUUAUUCCAGUUCCACCUUCUUAAUAAAGAACAGUGCCUACAAUGAGUAUCUGUAUGUGGACGGCAAUUUUGACAAAGACAGAAGAAAUGUGUUCACCAGGGCUGAUGGGGCAAAAACCAACGCCGGAAAGUGGUACCUGGAGCCAACUUGUGACUACCAAUAUGUUUAUAUUAAAGACUAUAACGGCGAAUACAUUUACCCUGCUUAUGAUGGCCUCAACUUCGACAAUCAAAGAAGGCGUGUAUUUGCAUGGGUACCUCAAACAGGUACUUUUAAUGAAGGUAAAUUUAAAAUUUUCCCUUGUUAAUUAUAAAAAUAUGCCAUGUGUGUGUUCCAUUUAAUGAAAUAAAUGUGCUUUCAAUAUCAAUAAGUGUUUAAUUACUACUAUAAACUAUUAAUAUUUAUAUUGUCUUAAAGUGUUGGUUUAUUUUAUUGCUUCUUUUGGAAAGAAUGUAAAAUAAAUUUUAUUUUUUAAGCUUGUU